CAGGAUUGUGUCCACUGUGUUCAUCCUGAAAGUUUGCUUGGUAAGUCACUGCCCUGUCUGCCCUCUUCCCCUGCAGCUGAAGCAGGAGGCCCAGCCGUUGCACCUGGCCUAUCACGGAGCCCACCAUGUGAGUCGCUGCCGCCUCCUAGAGGACAAGAACAGAGCUCUUAAACAAGAGCUAGCCACACUUAAACAGCAGAAACAGCAGCACCGAUCCCUGGAGUCAGAUGUCAAUGUUUGCAGGAAAAGGUGUCAGAUCCUUGAGAGAGAAGUGAAAAACAAGACAUUAGAAUGUAAGACUUUGAAGAAUGAGCUUCAGGAUGCUUUGCUGGAGAGAAAACGGCUCAAUCGUGAGCUACUUAGUCACGUACUGAAGGCCACACAGUAUGAUAAGGUAAAGUCAGACUAUGAUCGGCUCAGAAAGGCUUUUGCGUGUGUGAGUCAAGAGAAAGACUCUGCCAGGCAGGAGAAGGCUCAGCUCCAAGACAAACUGGAGAACCUUGAGCAGGUCCUGAAGCAUAUGCGAGAGGCUGCGGAUCGGCGGCAGCAAUUGGAGGCAGAGCAUGAGCAGGCCUUGGCUUUCCUCAACUCCAGACAGCAGGAGAUCAACCUUCUGCAGAAGGUUCAGGCUGAAGCUGAAAAAGAACGCGAAGAAGUGGUGCAUCUGCUAGAGAGCCAUAUGGACAAAAUGCAGGUCAAGGUUCAUGACUUAGAGCAGAAAUGCCGGACACAGAGUGAGCAGUGCAAUAUUUUGUCGAAAGAGCUGGAGAGAUAUCACCUGGGGUCAGACACGGAGGAGACACUGAACACUGACUCACAGGAGAAAAACAGUUACAACAGCCUGCAGCGCGAGGCUGAAAAAAUCGGAUCUCCACUGGUCUCAGAACUGCCCAUAGUACAGCAACACAAGAGAGACAAGCCAGAGCAGCUGUCGAUCAAACCCACCGUCCAAACCCAGAGUCGCUCCAGUAGCCCCAUGCAAGCAUCCCUCUCAGAGAUGGAGAAUGAGGUGAGCCCUGCUCCGAGGUCCAAAGCGAGAUACACAGGCCAGGUCCGCCUCGGCACUGUCCGAUACAGUUAUAAUCCCUAUGAUGGACCUAAUGAGCAUCCAGAAGCAGAGCUUCCUCUUGUGGCAGGGAAGUAUUUGUACGUAUAUGGGGACAUGGACGAUGAUGGAUUUUAUGAAGGAGAGCUGUUGGAUGGCCAGCGUGGCCUGGUUCCCUCAAAUUUUGUGGAGUUUGUCCAGGACAAGGAAAAGCCAUCUAUCGAGGGUGGAGAGGAGCAGGGCAGGCUGGAGCAGAGCUGUCUGAGCCUGAUGACCAUAGAUGGAGGUGCUCAUCUGGACAGCCUUAGGAGCGACGCCCUCGGCCACUGCACCAACGGGACAGGUGCACUGGAUGGAGAGGAGCUGGGUGACGACAUUGUGCCUUACCCCAGGAAGAUCAACCUGAUCAAACAGCUGGCAAGAAGUGUGAUAGUGGCCUGGGAAGCGCCUCUAGUGCCCCUUGGCUGGGGCAACAUCAAUGGCUACAAUAUCUUAGUGGACGGGGAAGUACGUUCCUCUGUGCCAUUUGGAGGCAGGACCAAACUGCUUCUCGAGAAGCUGGAACUGGCUUCCUGCACAUACCGCGUGUCAGUACAGAGCGUGACGGACAGGGGGCUCUCCGAUGAGUUGCGCUGCACCUUGCUGGUGGGCCGCAAUGUUGUGGUGGCACCCACCGGCUUGCGCAUGGAUGAUAUUUUACGUGACUCCGCCGAACUUUCGUGGCUUCCCAGUAAUAGUAACUACGGCCAUGUUGUGUACUUAGAUGGUGUGGAGCAUGCUGUGGUGAGGCCGUGCUCUUACAAACUGCGUUUUGUGAACCUGAAGGCCGCCACAGUGUACAAGGUAAAAGUGUUGGCCAAACCUCACCAGGUGCCCUGGCACAUGCCCCUGGAACAGAGAGAGAAGAGAGAGGCUGGGGUGGAGUUCUGCACCCAAGCUGCAGGACCCCCUCUACCUCCUCAAGAAGUCCAGGUCCAGUGUGGACACGCCCCAGGGGUCCUCCAAGUCCGUUGGAAGCCCCCUCCAAUGACAACCAUGGGAACCUCCAAUGGUGCAAAUGUCAUUGGCUAUGCAGUGUGCACAAAGGGUCAGAGGAUUGCUGAGGUGAUGUAUCCACUGGCAGACUAUGUGGCAGUAGAACUGAACCGUCUCCAGUGCUUGGAGGCCCAUGAGGUUAUUGUCAGGACUUUAUCAGCACAAGGGGAAUCUCAAGACUCCCAUGCCGCCGUCAUUCCAAACCACCUGCUGGUGCCUCUUCUUAAAACCCUCCCUCCUUCUCACCACAUGCCCCAGCAGUCCCAACCAAUGCCUCCUCAUCCCCAAAUCCGGACCCUUCCCCCUCACCCUGGACCCCAACCACCCACCCAUCUCCAACCCCUUCCCGUUCACCCCAACCAGCCCCCAUCUCAUCUCCAUCCCCACUGUAUGCCCCAUCACACACAGCCCUCUCCACCCCACCUCCAGCCUUUACCACCACACCCCAUUCCAAUGCCUCAGCCUCAGUCGUCCAUGCCAAUGCCCCAACCCCAGCCACCCAUGCCUAUGCCUCAACCCCAACAGCCCAUGGCCAUGCCCCAACCACAGCCAGCCAUCCCCAUGCUCCAUCCCCAGCCCACUAUCCCGAUGCCCCAGCCUCACAUUCCCCAACUGCCCCUUCCCCAAUCCCAAAGACCACUAAGUGCCAGAGAGCUGGAAACCAAAGAGCAAGGGCCAGGAAUGCUUCAUCAUGGAGGGGGCCCACCUCAGCCAUGGGAGCCUGGCUGCUCCCCAUCUGGCCUGCCUACAGGCUUGCCACACGGACACACCCUGGAUGCCCCGGCCUGCCCAAACCGCCGCUCCCCAUCACCUCAAAGGAUCCUCCCCCAACCCAGGGGUACGCUCAUUCCUGACACUGUUGCCAAGGCUAUUGCCCGAGAGGCAGCCCAAAGAGUGGCUGCAGAGAGUGGACGGAUCGAGAGGAGAAGCCAGGGCUUUCACUCUCAAAAUUCAGAUGAGGAAGAGGAUGAGGAAAGCUAUCAGGCCCACAGAAGAGGAGCAUCUAUGGAUGACUUCCUCAGGGGCUCAGAGCUGGGCAGGCAGUCUCAUUACAGUCACAGCGAAGAGUAUCAUACAGAGAGCAGUCGAGGCUCGGACCUCUCAGACAUCAUGGAAGAGGACGAGGAGGAGUUGUAUUCUGAAAUGCAGCAUGAAGAAGGCAGGCGACGAAACUCCCACAAUGCACCCAAGACCGGAGCCAGCACUCCAUCUUCGAGUCAGCUGGAUCGGGAAUCAUACCGGAAGCCAUCUCACCGAGAACCUCAACCUCAGCGCCGACCCCUCACGGUCCCAUCCAUUGAUGGAUACCGGGACCAAAGUCGCCGCUCUCCCCCAUACUAUGAUGAGUCUGAGCAGGAGGAUCUGUUUCGAAUCUUUGUGGCGCUCUUCGACUAUGACCCUCUCUCCAUGUCCCCUAACCCUGAUGCAGCUGAUGAGGAGCUCCCGUUUAAAGAGGGACAGAUUAUCAAGGUGUAUGGGGAUAAGGAUAACGAUGGCUUUUAUCAUGGGGAGAUCCGGGGCAGGUCUGGACUUAUUCCCUGUAACAUGGUGUCGGAAAUCCGUGCUGAGGACGAUGCAACCAUGGAGCAGCUCAUGAAACAGGGAUUUCUCCCUCUCAACACUCCUGUAGACAGAAUAGAACAAAAUAGGAGAGGUCGCCACCCAGUGGCCACAAGAAGAAUGGUUGCCCUGUACGACUAUGACCCCAGAGAGAGCUCCCCAAACGUGGAUGUUGAGGCUGAACUGACAUUCUGUGCUGGCGAUAUCAUUGCUGUUUUCGGGGAUAUAGAUGAAGACGGCUUCUAUUAUGGUGAGCUUAAUGGACAUCGGGGCUUGGUUCCAUCCAAUUUUCUCGAAGAAGUGCCUGAUGAUGUGGAGGUCUAUCUGACCGAUACUCCCUCCCACCAUGGCCAGGACGAGCCCAAUCCAGUGCUGGCACCGCGUCCAGAGACCAAACGGGUGCCUGUGGAAAGUACAGUGCCAGCUCCAGCCCCUGGAAGACCCGCCUCUCCCACUGUGCGUCCUAUGCUUCCUGUUGGCCCAGUCAGGCCGCUGAGCCCUGCCAGGGGUCCAAGAGACCUGGCAUCUAAAAAGAAAAAAGGACUGCUCUCUAAGGGGAAGAAACUGCUCAAAAAGUUCUCAAAGUAAAAGUAUGAGUUUGAUUUAAAAUUCAUAUGGCUACAACAGCAUACAGAUUUCUCUGUCAAAAGAGAGACCGCCAAUCCCCAUAAUUUUGUAAAAGUCUUCUGUGGUUAUUUUUUGUCACAAUCUAAACAGCUUUCACAUUAACAUGCCACGUACAUAUCAUGAAAUAGAUCUAAUAUCCAGAUGAAAAGGAAUGACAUAUAUAGACAGUGAGCUUACUAAUUGGCUUUCAGAAUGAAAGCAUCUAUUCAUGCUGUGAGGUAGAGGACAAAGAGACAUUAUUAAAAUUUAAGGAAUUCCUUUUAUUAUAAUUUCCAUAUUUCAAGUCAAAGUGCUGGAUUUUGAAUGAAAUAUUCAAUCUCAUAGAUUUUCAAGUUUGGUAUAGCACUUGGUGAUAAAAACAGU